CUCAAGGCAUCAUCACAAGUCGGAUGAGGCCUUAUGAUCAGGCCCUGGACAUCAACCCAUGGAUACCCAGAGACUAAUCUCGUGAUUGAUCUGCCAUUUGAUAUCGGCUGGCCUCGGAUGACUGUCUGAUUCUUCGCAUCGAUCGGUCUACUAUACAACACGCAGCGCUUUUCCUCUAUUGCGCGGGAUCAUUCUCUCGCCUCAGGCUUCGACCGUGGUCCUGUGUGCAUUCCUGUGAUACUGAUCAUGCUGCAAACCAGGACUAUCUAACCUCAACGCUUGCUUGUCAACCAUGGACCAUCCGCCAGUCUGUAUUAUCCCUGGGGCGUCAGCCUUUUCGGAAUUUCGACGUCAGGCGCUAGCCUCCAACAUUGGCGCACGCGACGUCCAGGGACAGUAUAUUCACUAUGUGGAACUUGUGGGAUCCCUGGAGUCUGAGAGCCACGCUCUACUGGAAAAGUUGUUGACCGAUGGUCACCAUGUAGAUGCCCAAGAAAAGGAAGGCGAAUCUUCCACUAUCCUUUAUGUCCUACCUCGACCGGGCACUAUCUCUCCUUGGAGCUCAAAAGCCACCAACAUUGCUCAUGUUUGCGGGCUUCGGAAAGUUGUUCGUCGAAUCGAAAGAGGCGUCAAGAUUACGGUAUACCUUGACAACGGACAGUCUCUGGCUAAAUCAAGCCUUGACUUCCUCCACGACCGGAUGACAGAGACUAUAUCGGAAAACGAGCCAGAUCUCAAUCUCUUGUUCAUGCACCACGAACCUGGCCUGUUGGGUACAUACGACCUGUAUAAUGAUGGGCAGACUCCCUCAGAGAUCCUUCAAGAUUUGAAUCGCAAACUGGGCCUUGCACUCGACGCUUCAGAGAUACAGUAUCUUGUUGAAGCUUAUUCGAAAGACGGGCCAGUUCCGAGAAAGCCUACAGAUGUGGAGCUCUUUAUGUUUGCUCAGGUGAACUCAGAACACUGCCGGCACAAGAUUUUCAACGCGAGCUGGACCAUUGAUGGAAAGCCCAAGACUAAUACUCUGUUUGGCAUGAUCAGAAACACGCACAAACAGACUCCCGAGGGCACCAUCAGCGCAUAUAGUGACAAUGCAGCUGUGCUCAGAGGCAGCAAUGGGAGUCAGUGGGCUCCCGACGACCUCAACGGCCAGUGGAAAGCAACAAAAGAAGCGGUGCAUUUCCUCGUCAAGGUCGAGACCCAUAAUCACCCAACCGCUGUCUCUCCCUUUCCCGGAGCGGCGACCGGCUCGGGAGGUGAAAUCAGGGAUGAAGGAGCAACAGGUAGAGGGGCAAAGCCCAAGGCCGGUCUCUCAGGAUUCUGCGUCUCUGAUCUGUUGAUACCGGAUCACCGUCAGCCGUGGGAACUCGACUAUGGCAGGCCAAGUCAUAUCGCUAGCAGUCUCGACAUUAUGCUUGAAGCACCUAUUGGAAGUGCAGCCUUCAAUAACGAAUUUGGUCGACCAUGCACUGCGGGGUACUUUAGAACACUGCUGGUGGAAAUGAGAACGAGCAAAGACUCUACCGAAAUCAGAGGCUAUCAUAAGCCGAUCAUGAUUGCAGGGGGCGUGGGCACCGUUCGACCCCAGCAUGCUCUCAAGGAUCCCGAGAUCGUUAAGGAUGGUGCAUUUCUGAUUGUCAUGGGUGGACCGGCCAUGCUAAUCGGUCUGGGAGGAGGCGCCGCAUCGAGUGUCAGUUCUGGAGAAGGGUCGGCCGAGCUGGAUUUUGCUAGUGUUCAGCGUGGCAACCCCGAAAUGCAGCGAAGGGCUCAAGAAGUCAUCAAUGCAUGUACCGCGCUUGGCUCACACAAUCCCAUUCUCUUCAUUCACGAUGUCGGCGCAGGAGGUCUGUCCAACGCUUUACCGGAACUUGCCAAAGACUCUGGUCUCGGCGCAGAAUUUGAGCUUCGAGAUAUCGACUGCGCAGAUAAGAGUAUGAGUCCCCUCCAGAUAUGGUGCAACGAGGCCCAAGAACGAUAUGUCCUCGCGGUAGCACAAGAAGGUAUGAACAAGUUCAGGGCCAUUGCAAAACGAGAGCGGUGUGAGAUCUCAGUAGUGGGAAGAGCCUCAAAGCGGCAGGUGUUGAAGCUGACAGACCGCGAUCAUCCGGCAAAUGGCGAUGAUCAACAAGAUCCUAUCGACCUCCCCAUGGAAGUCCUCUUCGGAAAGCCGCCCAAGAUGACUCGUGACGUUAACUCACGCAAGGCCGAUCUACCAGGCUUUGACACCAGCCUGAGUCUGUAUGUUCCGCAGGCGUCAGUGAGCGGCUUGCUCCAGGAAGCGAUCGACCGAGUGCUUCAAAUGCCGGCUGUCGGAUCCAAAUCCUUCUUAAUCACGAUAGGCGACAGAACGGUUGGUGGACUCACUGCUAGAGAUCAAAUGGUCGGGCCCUGGCAGGUUCCUGUGGCGGAUGUAUCUGUUACAGCCACGUCACUUACUCCAGGGGUCAAAAGCGGAGAGGCAAUGGCGAUGGGCGAGAAACCAACCAUUGCGCUAAUCUCCCCGACAGCAUCUGCGCGUAUGGCAGUGGCUGAAUCUCUGAUGAAUCUCACUGCUGCAGACCUGCCAGAUCGUCUUCACCAAGUCAAGCUGUCCGCGAACUGGAUGUCUGCGUCAACUCAUCCAGGCGAAGGCGCAGGGAUUUACGAAGCUGUGGAAGCGUUGGGCAUGGACCUGUGUCCCAAGCUCGGUGUCUCAAUUCCGGUCGGGAAAGACUCAAUGUCUAUGAAGAUGAAAUGGACAGAUCCUCGAAGUAAGGAGGCAAAAGAAGUCACGAGUCCCUUAUCAGUCGUUAUAUCUGCCUUUGCCCCCGUCCUGGACAUCAGGAAGACGUGGACGCCGCAGCUAAAGAGAUACAACGAAGUGGGUGAAUCUACACUCUUUUUCGUGGACCUGGGUCUCGCACAUCGUGCCCUGGGCGGGUCCGUCCUCACGCAAUCCUUCAAACAAAUUGGCGAUGAAGCACCCGACAUCCGCUCCGUCUCCCUAUUCAAAGAUUUCUUCGACGCUACACAACAACUUCACGAACAAGGUCUUGUGCUGGCCUACCACGACCGGUCUGACGGUGGCCUCUUCGUGACACUGGCGGAAAUGUCAUUUGCAGGUCGCUGCGGCAUAGAAAUCAUGAUCAACGACAUAUGCCCUACGCCACACACGCCCGAUGUAAUAUCUACGUUAUUCAACGAAGAAUUGGGGGCGGUAUUCCAGGUCCGUAAAUCUGACGAGAAUCACUUCAAGGCCUGUUUUGCAACAUGCGGUCCUCCUCCAGGUCUUAUUCACAAGAUCGGCCGCGUCUCGACCAAGUCUUCCUCUCAGAACAUGGCCAUCUAUCACGGUGGGAGACUAAUCUACCGUGCGACUCGUGGUGAAUUGCAACAAAAAUGGUCAAACACGUCGUAUUGGCUUCAACGACUUCGUGACAAUCCUUCAUGUGCAGACUCAGAAUACAACGCGAUCCUGGACGACGCGGAGCCAGGGUUGAGCUACCAUCUCAGCUUUGACCCCAAGGAGAACAUCAACACAUACAAAGCGUCGUUCCUGAACUACAUGCGUCCCACAGCCCGGCCGCGUGUUGCCAUUCUGCGAGAUCAAGGCACCAACGGCCACGCGGAAAUGGCGUUCGCUUUCGAAGCUGCCGGAUUCACCGCGAUAGAUGUCCACAUGUCCGACAUCCUGGACCCGAAGCCACACCAGUCACACCUCGGCAUAGAUCACGACCUUUCUUCCUUCGUGGGUCUCGCUCUCUGCGGCGGCUUCAGCUUUGGCGACUGUCUCGGCGCAGGUCAGGGGUGGGCCAAGUCGAUCCUCUUCCACCCCACGACGCGCCAGAAAUUCCACACAUUCUUUGAAAGGAAAGACACGUUUACCUUGGGCGUUUGCAACGGGUGCCAAGUCCUCUCGAAACUGAAAGAACUGAUCCCCGGCGCGGAGAAAUGGCCCUCCUUCGAGAGGAACGAGUCCGAACAGUACGAGGCCCGGGUCUGCAUGGUCAAAGUGUCAGACCCUCCUGCAGAGUCGGGGAUGCCGCCCAGCGUGUUCUUCCACGGCAUGAGCGGGUCUUCCUUCCCCAUUGCCGUCGCACACGGCGAGGGCCGCGCCUCGUUCACGACCGACCUCCCACCGCCGCAUACCGGAAACAAGACCUGGGAUGCCUCCCUCGCUCACGACUUCGCCUACGCCAACCUCGCGCCCAUCCGGUACGUCGACAACAAGUCCUUGCACCCCACGACAGCGUACCCGGCCAACCCUAACGGCAGUCCCGCGGGGAUUGCUGGCGUGCGGAGCCAGGAUGGACGUGUCUUGGCGCUGAUGCCCCAUCCUGAGCGCACCAUCUUGGCCGGCGUGGGUAGUUACAUCCCCGAGCAGGCGAUGAAGGGAGAGAAAGACGGAUGGGGCGACUGGGGCGAGUACGGGCCGUGGUUGAGAUUAUUCCAAAGUGCGAGGAGGUGGGUUGGAUGAGAGACCUCGGACCGGAUGGGACUGGGGUGAGAGAAACCGGGGAGGGUGUUGCUGGGAGGAAGGCGGCUCAACGACUGACGAAUCCUCGAUGAGACGAGAAUGAGACUCGGUCAAGGGAUGCUCUGUACUCUGUUGGAUUGACGAGGGCGUUAGAGUGGGAAAGGGGUAACCGAUGCAAAUCCGCCGCCCUGUAACGCAAGGGUGACUCUCCGGUUCAUAAGAAAAGGGUGAUCGAGAAAAUAGACAUUGUGAGAUAGAUGUUUUGCGACUGCUAGAGAAUUGCGACUUCAGCAAAUGAUGAAUCUAAAACGAUUCGAGCUCCA